CUUCCACCUUUAUUUUAUUACCAUAGAUUCACUUGCACCACUGUUUUUAUACAAUUAGCCUAAUAAUUUUCAAAAAAUGCCUGCCCUUUGGACAAGGUUGAUGGAACUACAACCAUCUACAUUUCGUGUGAAUCUAAAAUUAAGAUUAUUUCGUUCCUACGAUCUCAUGUCCUACAGGAACGCUGGAGAAAUUUUUGCUCGGGAGUGUAUAUUUCACGACAAUGAGGGGAACCACAUCCUUGCAAUAUAUCAAAAGGAGGAAUAACCAUUGUUUGGAGGCUUGGAGCAACACUAAAAGAAGGGAAGAUAUAUCGAAUAAGUAAUCCUGCAGUUUUAUCAAAUAGCAAGCCUAACAUUGUUUCAAAUAAAUUUAAGCCAGUUGAAAUUGAGGAGCUUGUGGAGAGGAAAAUGAUGUUUGAAAUUAAGGUUUCAAAAUCCCAAGAUCCACUCUAUGAAGAUAGUUUUAGUGUGUCCCAGGUUUCUACUGAUCUGGCUUUCAUUCAAAAACACUGCAAUGACACACCAUCUACCCAGGAAUCAGUAUCCCAACAAAAAAAAAAGACAAACAUUGCGGUGGCAGAGGUGUUUGGAUCAGUUAAUGACCAGAAAUCGAGAACGAGAAGAGGAGCCGAUUGAAGAGCCGAUUCUGCCGAGUGCCGAACAGCCGGAACAGCCGAACAGCAGCACCGUCCGCCGCGCCGCCGUCUCCCAUCCGCCGCGUCGCCUCCGAGCAGCACCGACCAGUCGUCAGUCGAGCACCAGAAGCAAAAUAAAAAAUCUGAACACCAGAGUAACAAUGGUCGGGAGGGGAGAAAGAUGGUGUGUGGUUACUGGUGGAAGAGGCUUUGUUGCUCGCCAUUUGGUGGAAAUGCUAAUUUGUCAUGGAAUGUUCAGUGUCCGGGUUGCCGACUUAAGUCUUGAAAUUAGGUUAGAGCCCCAUGAGGAAAAUGGCACCUUGGGUCAAGCUCUUCGGUCGGGCCGCGCCGUUUAUGUGCCGAUGGAUCUCCGUGAAAAGUCACAAGUCUUAAAAGCUUGUGAAGGAGCUGAAGUAGUUUUUCACAUGGCUGCCCCAGAUUCGUCAAUCAACAACUACCAGCUCCAUUACUCCGUCAAUGUACAAGGCACUAAGAAUGUUAUUGAUGCUUGUAUUGAGCUAAAAGUGAAAAGACUUAUCUACACCAGCUCUCCCAGUGUAGUUUUUGAUGGCAUUCAUGGACUUUUUAAUGUGGAUGAAUCUGCACCAUAUCCCGUUAAGCACAAUGAUUCAUAUUCUGAGACUAAAGCUGAAGGUGAGACACUGGUCAUAAAGUCAAAUGACAGUAAUGGUCUGCUGACAUGUUGCAUCAGACCUAGUGGCAUUUUUGGACCUGGUGAUAGGUUACUUGUUCCUUCCUUAGUCACUGCUGCAAGGGCAGGGAAAUCCAAGUUUAUCAUAGGUGAUGGCAACAACAUGUUUGAUUUUACUUAUGUUGAGAAUGUGGCACACGCUCAUAUAUGUGCUGAACGAGCUUUAGCAUCAGAAGGAACUGUUGCAGAGAAUGCUGCUGGACAAGCAUACUUUAUUACUAAUCUGGAGCCUAUCAAGUUUUGGGAAUUUAUCUCCCUUAUUCUUGAAGGUCUUGGCUAUAAAAGGCCAAGUAUUAAGAUUCCUGCCUAUGUUAUGAUGCCAAUUGCUCAUGUGGUCGAGUGGACAUAUAAGCUAUUUGGCCCAUAUGGAAUGAAGGUCCCACAGUUGACACCUUCACGAAUACGACUUUUAUCUUGCAGCAGGACAUUUAGUUGUUCAAAAGCAAAUGAUCUACUGGGCUAUACACCGAUUGUCACUCUUCAGGAGGGUCUUAGGAGGACCAUCGACUCAUACCCACAUUUGAGAGCUGAAACAAAAAGUAGGAGGGGUGGGCCUUCUAAAGCUUCCAUGCUUCUUGGAAAAGGAAGGGUUGCUGACACACUUCUCUGGAGGGAUAAAAAGCAAACAAUCACUGCAGCAAUAAUUCUUGCAGCAAUUUACCUCAAUUUCAUAGCAGUGGGAUAUACCAUGAUAACAGCAAUUUCCAAACUACUCUUAAUGGCAUCUAUUUUCCUGUUCAUCCAUGGAAAGUUGCCACUGAAAAUAUUUGGAUAUAGUAUUGAGAAAAUUCACAAGUCCAAAUUCACUGUCUCAGAGGAGACGUCUUUUGAAGUUGCAGGAUCAGUAGCUUCCUUUUGGAACUCAGCAGUAAAUAGCUUAAAAUUGCUUUGCAGGGGAAACGAUUGGAUGCUAUUCCUCAAGGUGGUGUUCUCUUUAAUGAUCCUGAGCAUCUUGGGGACCUUUUCACUACAUAGUUUAUUUGUCAUAGUGUUCCCAAUUGCGUUUGUUGCUUUCUUGGUAUAUGAGAAAAAGGAGGAACAAAUUGAUCACUUGGUUCUUGAAGUUACCUCUUCUGCAUGCAAACUCAAGUCUAGAAUGGUUGGGAAAGUUUUCAGCUCCAAGAAAAAGCAAUAGUCGGCUAUCGGAUGGAGCAGAAUCUGCACCUUUUUAUUCAUUGAGGCUUUUUCAUAGUUUUCAGAGGUUUUUGCUAUUGCUGGCUCUCUCAAAGCUCCAAGUCCCGAUUCCAUCUUGCCUGCAUCGAAACAUCUUUUUGGGAUCCAGUCUUUGUAUGGGUCCUCCCAAUUCUAUGCUCUUUUGCCUUCAUCGUUCUUGUUGUUGAACAAAAUGUGUUAUUUCAUUCAUUUAGUUUUGACCUAUUCAUCCACAUCACAAAAAACUCGUCUGGUGCGAUGUGUUGCUGAUGCAACACCAAUUUUUGUAAACUUGGGACCUAUGGUUGUAAUGCAAAGUAUGUGCCUUGGGGCCUGUUUGGUUAACCCCUGUAUUGAAAUUAG